AUGAAGAUAGCUAGUUUCAUUUGUGUCCAGCAAAGAAUCAGUAGUAGUUUAUAUUGCUUUACCUAUACUGGUUUCCAGAGACAAAAACAAGCCGGGGUGUCUCUCAACAAGCUUAUUUUAUACUGGGGUGGGGGAAUCUAUGCAAGGACUAAAAUAAAACCGUCCAUAAUCAAAGCAGCAAAAACACAAAUAAAAAAUCAAGGAACUUUUUUUUUUAAUCAGUGCUUGUGGACAUCUGUCCUUCCCAUUAGUCGUCAUGUUUCCCCUCCUUAUAUCCAUGCUCCUUUUCCUUCCUUCAUGUUUCCAGUCACUUCCUUUCUGUGA